AUGAUUGUUAGGAGUACGGCAAGGCUGGCUAGGCUCGGCGGAGUUUCUUUGAGACGCUUUACCCCUGGUGUAACAGUUCAACUUAGAAAGAAUGGAACUAAGAAAGAUAGCUCAUAUGAGCAGGGAAAGGAGAACAUCAAGAAUACAGCACCUAUAUAUGGACAGAAAAGGUGGGUAUACACGGUUGCUGGUUUAUCACUUUUAGGUUUUGCUAUAAGGCAAUACUAUUGGUCUAGCAAAAACCAGUUACCACCAUCAGUUGCAGAAAAUGUGCGAAAAGCAGUCUGGCAUGAAAGUGAUCAAGGUGGGAACAAUUACAGAAAGGCAUUACAGUAUUAUAUUAUGGUAAUCGAUGAGCUCUCGAAUUCAAAUUUUGACGCACUUAGCGAUGAGUAUACAAGGUUGGAAUUAAAGCUUGCAGAGAUGUAUGAAAAGCUUGGUAUGAUACAGGAGUGUAAAGACGUGUUCAAGGAAUUAUUAUCAAGGUUUUACGAAGCGUUGUUAACAACCAACAAAGUCCUGGAGGAUAAAAGGUCUGAUCUCAUAAGGAAAGAUUUGAGAGUUUUGAUUAAAUCUUUAGAAUUAAACACCGAUGUAGAAUAUGGUAAAAAGUUGUUGCUAUCUCAUCUCUUACUAGUCCAGGAGGAGAUCUUAACUAGGUCACCAGAAUUGAAACAAUUCUUUGAAAAUAGGAAGAGUAAAGCUGAAGAAGCAACAAAGUCGUCAUUGCAUAUGCCAAGACUAUAUGAUGCCGAUUCCUUCGAGGCAUUUGUAAACGAAAAGAACAUAAAAUUGGAUGAGAACGGAUAUAUGAUUUUAGACCUUUCAAAGAACAGUAGUGCGUGGGAGCCUUACAAAGAAGAAUUUUUCACGGCAAGAGAUCUAUACACUGCAUAUUGCUUAUCAUCCAAGGACAUUGCAGCCGCAUUGAGUUGCAAAUUAACCAGUGUCGAAUGGAUGGUUAUGGCAGACAUGCCCCCAGGACAAAUCCUAUUAUCGCAGGCCAACUUAGGAUCAUUAUUAUAUUUGCAGGCAGAAAAAUUUGAUUCGGAUAUAUUAAAGUUACAAAAGAAGAUUGAGGAAGAUGCCGAGCUGAAAGAGAACCCUGCUAUCCUAAAAGCAUUACGUUUUCUUCAUAAAAAUCGCGACUCUUGUAUUAAGAUGGCAUAUAAAUCAUAUGAAAGUAUCGUCUCCUUCUAUAAAAAGAAUACCAAACUAAGGUUUCAUACAAAAGAUCAACUAGAUCCAUCAGUUGUUCAAGCCAUUGCUUUGUCAAUAUAUGGUCUCGGUGUUUUAAAUUUGCAUGAUGGAGUUUAUGUAAAAGCUGAGACACUAUUGAAGGAUGCACUCUCGCUUUCGAAGGAUACGGAAUUUGUCGAACUAUCUAAAGAGGCAGAAUUAGAGUUGAAAAAAGCCAUGUCAUUAAAAGUUCAAAAACAACAACAACAAGAUGUCUAG